ACUCUACAUCCAUGCCUACAAAAAUCCACCGAAACAUACAUCCAAGAAACCACACCAAGCCCAAACAUGGAGAGCACGCCGGGCGCGACCGUCCUCCUCCUGCCGUUCCCGGGGGCGCAGGGCCACACGAGCCCGAUGCUGGAGCUGGGCCGCCGCCUGGCGCACCACGGCCUCCACCCCACCUACGUCACCACCCGUCACGUGCUCUCCUCCACCGCGCCCCCCGGCGCGCCCUUCCGCGUGGCCGCCAUCUCCGACGGCUUCGACGCCGGCGGCUACGCCUCGUGCCCGGACCCCGCCGGGUACUUCUCCCGGCUGGAGGCCGUGGGGUCCGAGACGCUGCGCGAGCUCCUGCUGUCGAAGGAGGCGGCCGCGGUGCGCGUGCUGGUGUACGACUCGCACCUGCCCUGGGCGCGGCGGGUGGCGCGGGCCGCCGGCGUGCCCGCCGCGGCGUUCUUCUCGCAGCCGUGCGCGGUGAACGUUGUCUACGGGGAGCUGUGGGCGGGGCGGCUGGCGCUGCCGGUGACGGACGGGCGUGAGCUGCUCGCGCGCGGCGCGCUGGGCGUGGAGCUGCGGCAGGAGGACGUGCCGCCGUUCGCCUCGGCGCCGGAGUCGUACCCGACUUUCCUUAAGACGUCAAUUGAGCAGUUCGACGGGCUGGAGGACGCCGACGACGUGCUCGUCAACUCAUUCAGCGACAUGGAGCCAGCGGAGGUGGAGUGCAUGAAGUUAACAUGGAGAGCAAAAACUAUAGGUCCAACCUUGCCAUCAUAUUAUCUCGGCGAUGAUCGCCUGCCAUCCAACAAAUCCUAUGGUUUCAACCUUUUUGUUGAUGAUGCGGCGUGCAUGGAUUGGCUUGAAAAGCAGAACAUCUCCUCUGUUGUGCUCGUAUCAUAUGGGAGUUACUCAAACUAUGACGCGACUCAGUUGGAGGAGCUUGGCAAUGGACUAUGCAAUUCUAGCAAACCUUUCCUUUGGGUUGUUAGGUCCGACGAGGCACACAAGUUAUCUGAGCAGGUCAAGGUGAAAUGUGAGCAGAGUGGAUUAAUUGUUUCUUGGUGUCCCCAACUCGAAGUUCUAGCACACAAGGCCAUUGGUUGUUUUAUUACCCAUUGUGGAUGGAACUCGACAUUGGAGGCAGUUGUUUGUGGUGUACCUCUUGUGGGGAUUCCGCACUGGGCGGACCAACCCACUAUCGCAAAGUAUGUGGAGAGCAUGUGGGGUAUGGGUGUGCGAGUGCAGAAGAGUGAAAGUGGAUCGCUAAGGAGUGCGGAGGUCGAGAGGUGUAUUAGAGAGGUCAUGGAUGGGAAGAAGAAGGAUGAGUAUAAAAGAAAUGCUACAAAGUGGAUGCAAAAGGCUAAGAAGGCAAUGCAAGAAGGAGGAACCUCAGACGAGCAUAUUGUUGAAUUCGCUGUCAAGUAUACGUCAAUUUAAUGUUUUAACAAUGGAAUCUUGAUUUUAAAUUAAGCAAGUAGGCAAUGAUUUCAGGCAUAUAUAAGUUUAUAUGAGAAAACAUUAUCCAUAUGUAAUUAGAGUGCUAUCUGCUCGCCAUUUCAAAGGAUGCUGAAAUUUUUGUAUAUCGAUAGCCAGUGGGGAAUGGUUUACAUGUCA